AUGGCUAAUAAAAUAGACGAUAGUGACAUAUUACAGUUAUUAGAUCUACCAUCAGGAUCUGAAGAUGAUUUUGAAAGUGACGUCGAUGAUGAUCAACUAGAUUUAUAUAGUAAAUUUAGUAAUUUAUUAGAAGAACCAGAUAUUACUACCUUUGAGGGAUUAAUAUCUCAGCAGUUUUCUUCUGAAUCUAUUGUCGACGAAGAUGUUAUAUUUCCUAUUAUAGAACCUGUUGUAGAUAAUAGUCAAUUUUCUGAUAUAAAUAUUUCAUCCCCCUCAACAUCCACUGAACCAGUUAUUAGAAAACAAAAUGUUUCAAAUAAUAAAAAAACUAGACAAUCUAAACAAACAAUCCCAGUUAUUGCAUCAGUACCUUCUAUACCAUCAAUUGAAGUGAAAAAUGUUGUUUGGACUGAAGUAUUGGGCAAUGAUUUGAUAAAAGCUAUAAUGACUUUAAAUAUAUUUGAAAAAAUUAGAGCUAAUCUUCAUUUUAAUGAUAAUUUAUCAACUUCUACUGGUCCUGGCAGAGAUAAAAUACAUAAAAUUAGGCCACUUAUUGAAACGUUAAGAAAAAGAUUUAGUUCUAUACCAAUUGAAGAAAACUUAGCAGUUGAUGAACAAAUAUGUAGUACAAAAGCACGAAGUUCACUCAAAGUAUAUAUGCCCAAUAAUCCUCAUAAAUGGGGUUACAAGUUUUUUGUUCUUAGUGGUGCCUCAGGUUUUGCAUAUAAUUUUGAGUUUUGUUCAGGUCAAGAAAAUAAUAGUGAAAGUAGAAAAGCAAGCACUGUAAGAAGAAAUAGGUUAAAAAAUGUAAUGUUGCCAGAUGAUUCUAUUCUAAUGAAACAACCUAGGGGCACUACUGCCCAUUGUAUAUCCAAAGUGUUAGAUACAGACAUAGUUGCUUUCAUAUGGAAAGAUACAAAAAUUGUAAGUUUGCUGUCGAUAUUUACUGCUAUAGACCCAGUUUUUACAAGACAGCAUGCACCCGCAAAAGAGGUGAGAACUGAUAAAUUAGAUCAUUGGCCAAUUGAAAGUGAAAAAAAAACUAGAUGUAAGAAUCCAGGUUGCAAAGGUUUUACUUUUAUGAUGUAUGGAAAAUGUCAAAUAAGUUUAUGUUGUGGCAAAGGACUAACUUGUUUCACCAAAUGGCAUACAACAUAA